UAGUAUCAUUACUCACUACUAUGGACGAUACCAUCACGGUCGAGGACGUCGCUGGCUGCGGGGGAUUGGAUUUGCAACGAUGCAUUCGGACUCGCGUGUUCAAUCUCCCCGUCCUGGAACCCCGGAACCAUCCUCAAGACAGGGCAGGAGGAAUGCUCAGCCGGACGCACAAUUACUCGACGACGAUGGAACGAUCUCGGAAAAGGUAUGCUUCACUGAACCCCUGGUUCCCUGCGACUUGCCUGAGGUCCCCCAGCUCGAGGCAUGUCUCAAACACAUCUUUACCAAAUAUUGCGUUCCCGCACCUCCACCUUCAGACCGCAAUGGGCCCUCCCUUCUUACACCACCAGAGGGAUCCUAUCUCACCCCAGAAGGUCUCGAUGCGUGGGCCCGUGAUACGAAUGGUGCCCCAUUUUCGCAGGACACAAAAGAUGAACUUAUCGAGUUUCUUGAUGUAACUGAUGAUGGUGGACUCACUCUUAAAGGAUUUAUGCAAAUCUAUCAGUUGCAAACGGAAAAUGAUGAAGAGGAAACUUGGAGAGACUUAUCUUGCCAUGGAUUUGACCGCGGCCUUACGCUUGUGUCCACACGGCGUGAAGACGAGCUAGAGCAAAAUCCAGCCGUUAGGGAGUCCAAAUCUCCCCGAUUAUCUUGUAUGUUCAACGCUAUGGCCACAAUGCCGAAUUCCUGAUUUAUAUAUCCG